AUGAGCAGGCUCGCCGCCGGGGAUCCGCACCCAAGGACGACGAGGAAACCAUCGUCAGGCUUCACGUCGGCCGCGGCCCGUCUCCUCCUGCGCCACGGCGGCGGGAGGGAGGUGGCCAACGGCGAGAGCAUCGAGUUCUUCUCUGCCCUGCGCAAGUGCCUGCCCGAUCCUCAAAUCUCCGGUCAAAACGCUGCGCAAGGAACGGCCCAACCGGCUGACGGGAAGGGAAAGGCGAGGCGGGGAGGCAGCGGCGGCAGCGCCGACGACGUGCUGUCCCUGACCUCGGGGAUCGGGAAGCAUGACUACGAUUGGUAUGGAACUGCUCCUGACUCCUCCGGGAACGCCUCUCUGGUCUCCGGCGACGAGUACCUCAGGCGACCAUCAGCUAAUUUUUUUCUAGAUCAGUUCACAAGAGAUAAGGUCCUCCGUGUGUUCGUAAUUUUGCCAUUGAUUCAGGUAAGCCCGACGGGCAUCGGCGAGAAGGAGACCCCGAAGGCGUCGAGGUUGUCCAACUGCAGCUCCGCGACCUCCGUCAACAACGCCGUGCCGUCGUCCGGUCGCCCGUUGCGCAUCCGGAUAUCGUCGGCGUCGUCGAUCAACACCGCAAGCAAUGCGUCUGUGAGCUCCACGCCGCUGUGGUCCGGGGGGUCGAGCCCCCGCACUCCGGGCACGGCGGGGAGCCCGGCGGCGGCGACCGCGAUCGCCCAGACCCGUCGCCGCGACAAACCACGGCUGGCCACAAGCUACGUCGUGGUCCAAUCCAUGGCGCCGGCGUCCAAGCCCAAAUCUGGGGCCCCGUCGCCGACGUGCACCCGAGCACGUCCUGCGCCGGGCGUCUCGAGCCCGAGGUCAACCGCCUCCACGUCUUCUCGGCAGCCGUCACUGACCAGACGUGCCGACGUCGCCACGGCACGUUCGAGGCUGGCAAGCCAGAGCGGCGGCACCGGGUCAACGCCGCAGCCGCGUGAUGCGCACCAAACCAGCAGGGGCCGCGCAUCCGGCGUGGCAUCGUCCAGAAAUGGUGUCAGGUCGUCGCGGCAGGUGACGGUGGCCGUGGAGCAAGGCGGCGUGGCAGCGGCAACGCCGGCGAGCACGACGACACAGAGGUGGCGGCGGUCCCUGGCCCCGGCGAUCGCCGCCGCUCGGAACGUGCGGAGGGGGAACGCGUUGGACAAUGAUUCACCAGUAUACAGCGCCGGCCAAAAGAUCAACGACGACAAGGCAAGGCCUCAUCGUACCGCCGCCGCCGCCUCCAUGGGCAGUGGACUCACGAGGACUGGCUCACGGAAGUCUGCAAACACCGCCAUUGUCAAACGCGCGGUGAACGAGAACGAAGACUGCCGACGGCGGCAGGACGCCAGGCACGGUGGUGCCGGCGGUGCUCCCGACCACCGGAAACCGGCGCUUCUCCAGGGGACAAGGCGCUCGGUGACGACAAGGAGCCGUCUCGGCCUCGUGGCCGCCGCGACCUCCAAGAGCGGCUGGAUCGCCAGUGGUCAUCAGCAUGAAGCCCCGGGAGCAGCCGUGGCGAAGGUCGCCGGGGUGGACGCGUUCCCGAGCAUGCGGUACGACGCCAUGCUGCUCCGUGAGGACCCCAAGAACCUGACGUGGCUGCGCGGCUGCGAUGAAGAAGGUGACGGCGGCAGCGUAGGUGGGAUAGAUUUGGUCGACAGCUCGCUUGAGCUGUUUGACGUGGCGACUGGUUUGAGCAGGACGGCGGUGAGGAUUUGA